AGUUCACGGAAGUUUUCCCUUAAAAGUUGUGCAUUUUUUUAUUCAUAUUUACAUAAAAAACUAUUAUAUAUAUUGCCACUGCUCUUCGUACUCAUAUUGUAGCUAGUAACCAUGACAGUAAAAAGUGAUAAAACCAUUUAUACAAACUAUCACCUAUUGACCUAUAUUGAGUUCACAAAAUCACCUAAAGGAAAUACUAUGGAGACCAACUUACUUUCAAGGCAUUCACGAAGUAAGCACAGCUUGUGUGACUUUUAUUUUCAACUUUUAAUCACAUUUUUAUAGCUUAAGAAUUAUUUUGUGCCAAAAAAAGAAGGAUGCAAGCAGAGCAGCAGCAGAGUAAGCGCACACGCUCAUAUGUGGAGGAGGUUUUCCGUUUAAUUGAAGAAAAACCCGAUAUAGUAGAUAUAAUAAUAUUGAAUAAAAAUGGUAAUCCCAUUAAGACAACUAUGGAGAAACAACUUGCUAUUGAGUUUGCUGGCCUGUAUGAAGUAUUGAAGGAGAAGGUGCAAUUGGGUUUACAGAAGAUUGAUCCAAAAGAUGAGUUAUUAAUGCUACGAGUACGCACAAAAGCCAAUGAAGUGCUUAUAACGCCAGAUGGAAAAAUUACUGUAAUGGUAGUACAAAAUGCACAAGACCGAAUUCAGUUAUGAAUUGUAAUUCCGAAUUUAAGAUUUUACAAAGCCAUAAUACACAAAAUUAUAUAUUCAUAGUAAAAUAA